AUGUAUGUAGCAAGCAUCGGGUACAGGCAGGAACUCCAGCGCCACUACUCCAGUGUACAAGUAUUUGCCAUAGCUUUCAGUAUCAUGGGGCUACUUCCAUCAAUCUCGGCGACGCUGUGGUUCUCGGUUCCCGCAGGCCCAGUUGGCAUGGUUUGGGGUUGGUUCUCUGCCAGCGCUCUCAUCUUCAUCGUGGGACUAGCAAUUGCCGAUCUCGGUUCUUCGCUUCCUACAUCUGGAGGUCUGUACUGGUGGACACAUUACUUUGCGGCCGACCGGUAUAAGAAUCCACUGAGCUUUCUCGUCGGAUACAGCAAUACAAUUGGCUUGAUUGGGGGAAUAUGUUCCAUUGACUAUGGAUUCGCCUCGUUCAUUGUUUCGCUCGGUGCAAUCAGCAGCGACGGGGAAUGGACCCCCAGUCGAGGACAUCUUUAUGCGAUCUUCGUUGCAACAGUGCUCUGCCACGGUGCUCUGGCAACUUCGGCUGGGAGGAUCAUGCACCAUCUACAGACCUGGUUUGUCCUUGCCAACUUUGCCCUCAUUCUAGCUACAGUCAUAGCAUUGCCAGUCAGCAUGCGAGUACGCAAUAUCCCCAUCAACUCAGCAAGGUACGUGUUUGGCCAUUCGAUAAACGAGACAGCAUGGCCAUCUGGAUGGGCCUUUAUGCUAUCCUGGCUCUCGCCCAUCUGGACCAUAGGGGCGUUUGACUCUUGUGUUCACAUGAGUGAAGAGGCCAAAAAUCCAACCAAGGCUGUGCCCAUCGGCAUACUCGCCUCUAUUGGAGGCUGCUGGAUAUUCGGCUUCCUCGUGACAGCAGUGCUGGCUGCAUGCGCUGGCGAUAGCUUCGCAGAGAUAUUGAGCACACCCUUUGGCCAGCCAAUCGCCCAGGCAAGGAUGUCUCUGUAUGCUACUAAUGGCGAAAGCGGCGCCAUAGGAUUCAUGUCAGCUAUAACCAUCUUGCAGUUCUUCAUGGGUCUCAGUAUUGUUGUAGCCGCGUCUCGGCAAACGUGGGCAUUCUCCCGCGACGGCGCACUGCCCUUUUCUGCAUUCCUUAGAGAAAUCAGCAAACAAUUUGGGUACCAGCCACUGAGAACUGUGUGGGCAACCUGCAUUAUGGCCAUCAUCAUCGGCUUGCUGGCUUUGAUCAACAAUGCUGCUGCUAAUGCGCUCUUUUCCCUUGCAGCUGCCGGCAAUAACGUCGCCUGGGGCAUACCUAUCAUGUGCCGUGUCGUUUGGGGCCAGGAGAAGUUCCGUCCAGGACCAUUCUACACCGGACGGUGCAGCGUUGCUAUUGCAGUCGCUGCCUUGCUGUACUUGACGUUCUCGACGAUACUAUGCAUGUUCCCUACCGAAGGGCCAGAUCCUGAUCCAUCAGUCAUGAACUACUCUGCAGUGGUCAAUGGGACGGUCUGGGGAGGCGCAUUGCUCUACUACUUCCUGUACGCCCAUAAGUGGUUCACAGGCCCCAGACACACUCUGGAUCCCACAGGGUCUGAAGACGACACCAUAUAG